AUGAAAAAAUGGACUAUAACCGUAAAUUUAUUGUUUUAUAUUACAUUCCUAAAUCAAUGGAAGGCUGUAGAAUCUCAACCAACUUCGUCAAGUAGAGGUAGUCCAUAUGCGGGCACUAGUCCUGCUGGAGGUCAAACCUCUACUACUAAAUCGCAAAAUCAAUCUGCCUCUAGUUCAUCGCAAUCACGAUCUAGCCAAUCUUCAUCUCAGCCAGCAAGUAGUGGCUCUAAAAGUAUUCAACCGACACGAUCAAGUGGAGGUACUCAACCAUCUGGAGCAGGUUCUACUCCUACAUCACAAAGUCAAUCACGAUCGAGCCAAUCUUCAACCCAGUCAGCCAGAAGUGGCACUCAAAGUCAAUCAGUAAAAACUGCAUCACAACCGACAACUCCUUCAUCUGGAGCAGGUACCUCUGCUUCUCCUAGUGGAAGUACUCAACAACCUAAAGCAAGUGGAACAGGUAGUUCUACUCCACCAAGUAGUGCUUCUCAACCACCUAAAGCAGGUGGAACAAGUUCUCCUACCACUCAAACUUCAAGUACACCUGCUUCACAAACUCCUACAUCACAAUCCUCAUCUCAGUCAACCGGGACUGGUACCAGUGCAGGUCAGGUAAGUCAGUCACCAAUCACUGAAUCACAACCAAAAUCAAGUUCAUCUGCAACUGAUCAAUCCAGUAGUGGUACUAGUAGUGAUGGAACAGU